GCUCCCUCAAACUUGGAGCUGGUGUUUCCGGUAGCUCUUGAAUGCAGCAGUAGCGUUUGCUGAACUCGUGCUGAGCCGGGGGAGCUUCAGGGUGACUACAACAAUGAGUGGGAGCAAGCAUGUCCGGCUAGUUUGAAUUGGAGUUUACUUCAGUAAAAACUGCCUGAAAUAUUCACUACAUGUGCUCAUUGGAGGUUUCCAAAGCACUGUGUUAAAUGGAGCUAGAGGACCAAUGGUGGAAAGGACAGCUCGCUGCAGAUAUUUACCAGGCGCUACGAUACAAAGAGCUCAAGUUGCCUUCCUACAAAGGUCAGUCCCCUCAGCUCAACCUGAGAAGAUACUUUGCAGACCUCAUAGCCAUCGUCAGCAACCGCUUCAGGCUGUGUCCUGCAGCCAGACACCUGGCCGUCUACCUGCUGGACCUCUUCAUGGACCGCUAUGAUGUGACGGUGCAGCAGCUUCACAUGGUCUCACUGUCGUGUCUUCUCUUGGCCAGCAAAUUUGAGGAACGGGAGGACCGGGUGCCCAAGCUAGAGACCCUGAACAGCCUGGGCUGCAUGAGCUCCAUGAAUCUGGUCCUGACCAAGCAGGGUUUACUUCACAUGGAGCUCCUCCUGCUGGAGACCUUCCAGUGGAACCUGUACCUCCCCACAGCUGCUCAUUUCAUAGAAUACUACCUGUCUAUUGCCGUCCACGAGGGAGACCUCCAUGAUGGUUGGCCUAUGACCUGCCUGGAGAAGACCAAACUGUACAUGGCCAAGUAUGCUGAUUACUUCCUGGAGGUUUCCUUGCAAGAUCAUGUGUUUUUGUGUUUUGCCCCCUCACUGGUGGCUGCUGCAUGUGUGGCCACCUCCCGCCUCAUCCUCCACCUGUCCCCUACAUGGCCAUCCCGACUGCAGCGCCUGACAGGCUACACAUGGGAGAACCUGGUCCCAUGUGCUGAGAAACAGCUCAUUGCACAUGACAGUGAUGUUAAAGAGGCCGGCAAGCAGAAGUGUCAGCAGCCCGGUCAGCAGCAGCAGGGCCAGACGGCGUACCACAGUUCAGGCCAGACAGCCACUGUGGCUCAGUACCUGCACCGGCCCAGCAUGCAGUAUCCCCAGCAGGCUCCCCAGCCGGGCCUGGCUCCUAACCACAGGCCUGCCUCCUACCUCAGCCACUCUACCACUGGGCCACAGCCUCCUAACGGCCCUCAGCACGGCAACACCCAGGCCAUCACUACCUCACUGGAUCCAAAGUCCAACAUUCCCAACAGGGCUUACCAAGUCAGCAUGCACUACACCUGUGCUGCUCCGUGCUUUGACAGAUGAUGGAUGUUCAGGAUUUAGUCAUUUUUUUGGAAGGGGGAGUAAGAGAUGUAUCUGUUUCUCUAGAACAUAACAGAAUACAGUGAAGGAGAAAAAAGGUGUUUUUAAUUUGAAAAGACUUGAUGAGAUUGGUACAGCACUUUGAACCAUAAGAUGUACGCAAUGUGCAAUAUGCAUACUCUGCUGUUAUUUUCUGUGGAGAGCCCAUGCUAGGAUUUCUUUCUUUUUUUUGAGAUAUCAAGUAUGAAUGUUGUGACGCGGCUAGAGGCAGAGUUUGCACCUCUGUACCCACUAGUGUUACUGUAUAAUUUAGCUACAGACCAAAAGUCUUGUAUUUAUUUGAGCCAGAUUACCUCAGAAAAGUGGAAUGUACGAAUGCCUCCUGCCUGUAGCCUUUCUGACUGUUACUAUGCUAAAUUAAAGGCAGUUACAAAAAGGGACUUUGUGGUUGAGAUAAGAGAGCACAGUUUGUGUUGGUGUUCUGUUUUUGUUUUGUUUUUUUAUUUUUGAGUGUCUUUUGUCAAACUAGUAAAGAAUAUAGUCCUCUAGAUGUAACGGUUUAUUUGCAGAGAGAGAUUGUUGCUCUUCUAUACGCGGAGGAUUUCAUCCGGUGCUGUGCACUUCUACAAUGAUAGUUUUAAAUAAAAUGCAAAUUUGUGUUAGUUGAA